CGCCCUGCCCCUCACAUGACAGCUCCCUGGCCGCGCCAUGGCGGAAGCCGAGGAGAAGGAAACCAGGUCUAAUGAGGAAUCAACAGAUGAAUCUGAGGAAGAUGAGAGUGAAGAAGAACCUAAGCUGAAGUAUGAACGGCUCUCUAAUGGAGUGACUGAAAUUCUCCAGAAGGAUGCAGCCAGCUGCAUGACGGUGCAUGAAAAGUUUUUGGCACUGGGAACACAUUAUGGCAAAGUUUAUUUACUUGAUGUCCAGGGGAACAUCACACAGAAGUUUGAUGUUAGCCCAGUGAAGAUCAAUCAGAUCAGCCUGGAUGAAAGUGGAGAACACAUGGGUGUUUGCUCAGAAGAUGGCAAGGUGCAGGUGUUUGGAUUGUAUUCGGCAGAAGAGUUUCAUGAGACGUUUGACUGUCCUAUUAAAAUUGUUGCUGUUCAUCCUCAAUUUGUAAGAUCCCACUUCAAGCAAUUUGUAACAGGAGGGAAAAAGUUACUACUAUAUGAAAGAGGCUGGAUGAAUAGAUGGAAGCCUUCAGUUUUACACGAAGGGGAAGGAAAUAUAAGAAAUGUAAAAUGGAGAGGACACUUAAUUGCUUGGGCCAAUAAUAUGGGCGUGAAGAUACUUGACAUGAUCUCCAAGCAAAGAAUUACCAAUGUGCCUCGAGACGACAUAAGCCUUCGCCCAGAUAUGUAUCCCUGCAGCCUUUGCUGGAAGGAUAAUUUAACGCUGAUUAUUGGCUGGGGAAAUUCAGUAAAGAUUUGCUCAGUAAAAGAACGACAUGCCAGUGAAAUGCGUGACCUUCCAAACCGCUAUGUGGAAAUAGUUUUCCAGUUUGACACCGAAUUCUAUAUCAGUGGACUUGCGCCUCUCUGUGACCAGCUUGUUAUACUUUCCUAUGUUAAGGAGAUUUCCGAAAAAACGGAAGUGGAGUGUUGUGCAAGGCCUAGACUGGAUAUUGUACAACCCCUACCUGAGUCCUGUGAAGAGAUCUCUUCUGAUGCACUAACAGUACGGGGAUUUCAGGAAAAUGAAUGUAGAGAUUAUCAUUUAGAGUAUUCGGAGGGUGAAUCACUUUUUUACAUCAUCAGCCCAAGAGAUGUGGUUGUGGCUAAAGAGCGGGACCAAGAUGACCACAUUGACUGGCUUCUUGAAAAGAAGAAAUACGAAGAAGCUUUGAUGGCAGCUGAGAUUAGUCAGAAAACCAUAAAAAAGCACAAGAUUUUGGACAUCGGUUUAGCCUAUAUAAAUCACCUAGUGGAGAAAGGAGAGUAUGACCUGGCUGCUCGAAAGUGCCAGAAAAUUCUUGGCAAAAACACAGAACUUUGGGAAUUUGAAGUUUACAAAUUUAAAGAAAUAGGUCAGCUUAAGGCAAUUAGUCGUUACUUGCCCAGACGGGAUCCAGUUUUGAAACCUCUGAUCUAUGAGAUGGUCCUGCAUGAGUUUUUGGAGAGUGACUACGAGGGGUUUGCAACCUUGAUAAAAGAGUGGCCUGGAGAUCUCUACAACAACACAAUCAUAGUUCAAGCUGUAGUGGAUCACCUGAAGAAAGAUCCACAGAACAGGACUUUGCUCAGAACGCUUGCAGAAUUGUAUACUUAUGACCAGCGCUAUGGCAGAGCCCUAGAAAUUUACCUAACUCUGAGGCACAAAGAUGUCUUCCAGCUGAUCCACAAGCACAAUCUUUUCAGUUCUAUCAGAGACAAAAUUGUUCUGCUCAUGGAUUUUGAUUCGGAGAAAGCAGUAGACAUGCUUUUGGAUAACGAAGAUAAAAUUUCGAUUGACAGAGUCGUUGAAGAAUUAGAAAACCGGCCUGAACUACAGCACGUGUAUUUGCACAAGCUUUUCAAAAGAGACCACCAUAAAGGCCAACGAUAUCAUGAGAAACAGAUCAGCCUUUACGCUGAAUACGAUCGCCCAAACUUACUGCCGUUUCUCAGAGACAGCACUCACUGUCCCCUAGAGAAGGCUCUUGAGAUCUGCCAACAGAGGAACUUUGUAGAAGAGACAGUCUACCUUCUGAGCAGAAUGGGUAAUAGCCGCAGUGCCUUGAAGAUGAUAAUGGAAGAAUUGCAAGAUGUAGAUAAAGCUAUUGAAUUUGCCAAGGAACAAGAUGAUGGAGAACUUUGGGAAGAUCUCAUUUUAUAUUCUAUCGACAAACCACCUUUUAUUACUGGUUUGUUGAACAAUAUUGGAACCCAUGUUGAUCCCAUUCUUUUGAUCCACCGCAUUAAGGAAGGCAUGGAGAUUCCUAAUUUGAGAGACUCGCUAGUGAAAAUUCUUCAGGACUACAACUUGCAGAUCUUGCUGCGGGAGGGUUGCAAAAAGAUACUUGUUGCCGAUUCUCUUUCUUUAUUGAAGAAAAUGCAUCGAACUCAGAUGAAGGGUGUUCUAGUAGACGAGGAGAAUAUCUGUGAAUCAUGCCUGUCUCCAAUACUUCCUUCAGAUGCAUCCAAGUCCUUCAACGUGGUAGUGUUCCACUGCAGACAUAUGUUUCACAAGGAGUGCCUCCCGGUAUCUAACACAGCAUCUCCUGUCCAGUUCUGCAACAUAUGCAGUGCCAAACACCGAGGACCAGGAAGCGCAAUCCUGGAGAUGAAGAAGUAGCAGUCCCCUCGUUCUCCCUGCCCGUGUGUGACACCAAUUCUGUUAGGACCAUGCAGAGCCACUGUAGUUUCUGUUGGUCAUCAUUUCUGUAUAUAAUCCUGAUUGUGAUUUAAAACUGGUUUCUGUAAGUUAUUCAGCUUAUUGAACAUGUUCAGGGAGGAGAAAAUGUGAAAAUCUUUCCCUAGUGAGUUUUUGUUAUGCAAUUCAUAUGUCACUGUUCCUUUGCUCAGCUAGUUACUUAACUCUGGAAGAGAAAAUAGAAAUAAAAUGGGAAGACACAAAAAAAAAAAAAAAAAAAAAAAAAAAAAAAAAGAACCGUUUGGAGAUUUGUGCUUGCUAACAGUUAAAUGUGCUUUAUAUCAGGUUCAUGGUUAGAUACAGAAAGAAAGAUGAAUUGCUGUGAAUUCAGCUCACCAAACUACUUUUGUCCUGAUUUAGUCUUUUAGUGAGCUGUUUAACUUGAGACCCAUAGGAGUCCAUCUGCUUUUGGUGGAACUGCUGCAGGGCUUGAAGCUGGCUGUGGGCUGACUCAUACAUUAAAUUAAUCAACUCGUUAACUGUUAAUUCCACACACUAGCAAUUUACCUUGGUGGUAUGGUUACACAUUCAUAGUUUGUUAUAAACUGGUUAUUUUUGCAGGUGAUCUUCAUGAUGCAGUAGUUUAAGGUGGGCUUUUCUCUUGUUAAACUCAUCCAGAAACUGUAUCUUUAGAUGUUAGCAGUAGGUCAAUCCACUUAGAAGUGUGGCUGUAGUGUGUGACUUCAUUUAAAUAUGGGGGGAAGAGAAAUUUGGCCUUGCAGAGAUAAGAUCUUUAGGAGUUUCUUUUGGCCUAGAAAUUUAAUAUCUAAGUUAAAUAAGUCUAUUUGAAUGUUAACAAAAAUUGUAUUUAUUGUUAAUUUCAACAAUGUUCUGUUUUGUUGAUCCAAAUGAGGUGAUCUUUCAGAAUGUCUUCACAGUAAUGUAAUCUCUUUAUAAUGUUCUCUGAUUAAAUUAAAUAUAACCAUCUUUUCCCUAAAAAAGGUAAUUUUUCAGAACUCCCAAGAUAUUUUUCCUCUUCUUAAUAGCUGGAGUUGGAAAGUAAAAUGCAUUGUUUUACCAUCAAAUUGUGAGGUUUAAACAAGUAGUUAACAUCAUAAGUUAUGAAGAAACAGUGUAGUGCUACUGCAGUGUAUCUGUAGAACUGGAAAAUACAACAGCUCUAAGUUCUUCUGUACCUUACUUCCAUGUAGGUACACCUUAAAAUAAUUCAUAUUGCAGAAACCUAGAUUUCUGGUUUAUGUAAAUUCAUUAUACUCUUUUGAUACCCCCAGGCAGUUGGCUGAGCUCAUCUAGCAAUCUGGAGAGUGACUUCUGUUGUCCACUGUGUAGAUCUGUAUAAUACUGGAAUACAAUUUUAAGUGUAUUAGAAAUGCUAGGAUUUACUCUGCAUGGUUACAGAGACAAAAUUAUCAUUAAAAGGCUAGAUCUCUCAAAAACAUAGCAAUCAUAUUCUAUUGUGAUAAUACAGACAGCUGAGGAAAAAAUAAAAAUUGGUGCAGGUUAUUUCUGGACACGCGUAACCGAAGGAUGGGAGUUGUGUAGUGCAGAGCACAGUCUGCAUACAUCAAGCUUCACUUGUAAGAAUUACUGCCUGGCUCUGGAGCAGUUCCUUUUCAGCACUCGUACACAUUCUCAGGUAUAUUGUUCAUUUAUCCAUUCUUUACUACACUGAUCAGGAAAGCUGCUUUGAUUCCUGGUAAACUCCAGUGAGCUCAAGACCUAUUUCACCAUGAUAUUUGAGCUCUGGCGUUCCUGUAGACAAGUUCAGAAACUUUUUUAAAAAACCUCUUCCAGUAGCUCUAAGCAGCUUUUCUCUAUUGUACCCUAAGAAAGCACUGUGCAAUGCCAUAACUGUCAGCUUGCGGGAGGAAAUAGUCAAAUUACUCCUAUACAGUUUUGCCACAAAGUGUUCUGUAGCUCAGAGUUAUAAUUUAAAGCAGGUAUAUUGUUUACUUCAGCUUGGCCUUAAAUUCCCUAAAGCAUUUGAGCAUUCAGUGACUCAGUUUGCUAGCCUGCCAUCACCAGCAAUCAUACUGCAUUAUACCCUGGCAUAUUCUUUGCAUUAUGCAAGUAAUUUUAAAUCACUGUAUGAAAAUCUAAUCAAAAUCUUCUCUAAAUCCAAAGCUUCUUUCAUUUGGGCUUCAGGGACUACCCUUUUCAUGUUCCUGAAUUCUAAAUUUGCUCAUUAACAUUCAGCAAGAAAUGUACAGUCCUGACUUUGAUUCACUUUUCUUCCUAAGAAACCUUCACAUCAUAGAAAAUGUCUGAGGUUAGAGUCUAAAAUAUUCAGCUACCCAAGAGCUUGUCUUCUUGGAGAACAGUUCUGCCUGAAAAGUAGCCUUAAAGUUGCAUAACCCUUCAGAAAAUUACAGAAUAGCACUUACCCAGAUUCACCAGACCUUACUUAAGACGUCAUUCCAUUUAUCAAAGUGUUGGUGCUUCUAAGGUAAAUUUAACAAGGGAAAUGCUAUUUUUUCACUGAUCCAUCCAGUUCUGUGUGAUUUCUUCAAUGGUGACCAAUAAAGCUAACUGAAGUGAUA